CCUAUCGGCGUGCGGGAGGGACGGAAGGCCCCGCCCCCGAGGCACCACGACCAGUCCGAUGUCAGAGCACCCCAUGAGUGACAGGGGAAUGCGCCAGGUACCGGCCUAUCAGGGGAAAGGCGGUGCCUGCGGCGGAGCUACACCCGUGGUGCCGUCAGGGAGGAACCAGCUCGCGGAGAUGGGCGGGCUCUGCCCUGGAUUGACGGCCGGCGGAGCCAUUCCGAGCGCAAGGAGCGACAGAAUGACACCAGAAGGCUCCAAUCUGUUGGUGCGACUGCAGCGGAGGGUGGGCCAGAGCGGUCGGUGAGCUACGGAUGUUGGCUGCAGGAAUAGAUUGAAGAAAACAUGGCCAAUCAACGGGAUUACAUUAGCAGACCUAUUUGCAAUGGGAUUUCUGUUCCUGAAAAUAAAAUCAAUUCCUUAGUGGCUGAAGGUCAUGGACAACAGAUUCUAAAAGUACUACAAAAGUUCAGAGAACAAAAUAUAUUUUUUGAUUUUAAAAUUGUCGUGAAAGAUGAAAUAAUUCCCUGUCAUCGUUGUGUACUGGCAGCAUGCAGUGAUUUUUUCAGAGCCAUGUUUGAAGUUAAUAUGAAAGAACGAGAUGAUGGCAAUGUUACUAUUAGUAAUCUAUCACCUAAGGCAGUGAAAGCUUUUCUUGAUUACGCUUACACAGGAAAAACAGAGAUAACAAAUGAUAAUGUGGAAAUGCUCUUCCAACUGUCAUCAUUUCUUCAAGUUUCACUCCUUUCCAAAGCUUGCAGUGACUUUCUAAUAAAAAGUAUUGAUCUUGUGAAUUGCCUACAGUUGCUUUCUCUAUCAGAAAGUUAUGGGUCCAUCCGCUUGUUUGAUCAUGCGCUAGAUUUUGUACAGCACCACUUUUCAUUGCUGCUCAGGUCAAGUGAUUUUUUGGAGAUGAAUUUUGAAAUAUUACAAAAAUGUCUUGAGGCUGAUGAGCUAAAUGUCCCUGAGGAAGAAUCAGUGUUGAAAGCUGUCCUCCAGUGGACCAAACACAACUUAGAAACACGGCAGAAAUACCUGCCUAAUUUAAUUAAAAAAGUGAGACUACACCAGUUACCUGAAAAGACUUUGCAGGACUUUCUGCAUUCUGAAGAACACUUACUUAAGAGUGCUAAUUGCUCAGUAAUAAUCAGUGAUGCAGUUAAAAGUGUGCAAAACUUCAGUGGACUGUUUCCAGAUGCACGUCCUUCAACAACAGAAAAAUAUAUAUUUGUUCAUAAAACUGAUGAAGAUGGAGAAAACAGACAUACAUUCUGCUACAACAUCAAAACAGAUAAAUGGAAGGAACUACCACAUACACACAUGAUUGAUCUGCCAGGGUCAAGUUUAUCUAGCUAUGGAGAAAAAAUAUUUAUAACUGGAGGAUGCAAGGGGAAUUGUUACAGGACCGUCAGGCUUCAUAUUGCUGAACCGUUUCAUGAUGCCACUGACCAAACCUGGUGCUACUGCCCAGUCAGCAAUGAAUUCUCCAUAGUGUCAGCUAUGAAAAAACCAAGGACAAUGCACACAUCUGUUGUAACCUUAAAUCAGCUCUUUGUAAUAGGUGGAAAGACCAGAGGAGCUCAAGAAACUCGAAGUCUUUUGGAUGUGGAAUCCUAUAAUCCUCUUUCCAAAGACUGGAAAUCUGUAAGUCAAUUACCAAGAGGUAUCUACUAUCCAGAAGCAAGUGCAUGUCAGAACAUAAUUUAUGUCCUUGGCUCAGAAGUAGAGAUUACUGAUGCCUUUAAUCCAUCUCUUGACUGUUUCUUUAAGUAUAAUGCCAUGACUGAUCAGUGGUCUGAGCUUGUAGCAGAAUUUGGGCAGUUUUUCCAUGCAACUCUAAUCAAAGCUGUUCCAGUGAACUGCACAUUGUACAUAUGUGAUCUCUCCACUUACAAGGUCUACAGUUUUUGCCCAGAAACCUGUGUUUGGAAAGGGGAAGGAUCUUUUGAAUGCGCUGGCUUUAAUGCAGGGGCAGUUGGGACAGAAGACAAAAUUUAUAUACUAGGUGGUGAUUAUGCUCCAGAAGAAAUCACAGAUGAAGUCCAAGUCUACCAUAGUAGUAGGUCUGAGUGGGAAGAAGUUUCACCAAUGCCAAGAGCCUUAACUGAGUUUUACUGUCAGGUCAUUCAGUUUAAUAAAUAUAGGGACCCCUGGUCACCUGUACUGACAAUUUGCUCUGGAGAAUUUUGAAACUCCUGAAUCAACAGAAUCUAUUUAAAUGCACAAGUUUUAGAUCAGAUUUUUAAGUAUUCAUUUACAGAUGGAGAAAUAUGUACCUGUUUGUUUAAAUCUUCAGUUUAAAUUGUAUGUUGUAGGAUUGCUUUUGGAAGAGUCCAUUAACAUGUCAUUCAUGCUAGUUAUUACAUACAAAGUAUUAAUUUUGUAUACAACUCUUCUCUGUAAUUAAUAAUUUUGAAAAUUAUGUUACUUUUCAAAAAAGAAUAGUCAUGACGAAUUCAUUGUGUAAUAUGUGCCAUUAUUUCUAUAAUAUUCACAGUUGUCCCAGUAGACAAAUUGCUAAAUGAGAAAAUUGACUGUGAUACUGUUUCCCCUAUGUAACUUAAGUUUAAAAAAAAAUCUACAUUAGUUGUUGUUUUAUUUAGAUUUUUUAUAUUCAUAAAACUGUAAGAGGAAUUAAUUGUCAACUUUAUCUUAUCAGAAUGACCUUAGCAAGGGCAAGAGCCAAAGUGACCUUCACAGCAUUAAAACCAGGUAUCUAACUUGAAGAGACUGAUAAUUGCUAUCAUCUUACUUCAGCUCUUCAGUUUUACCCGUUUUUCUCCAUCCUUGUGCCUUAGUAGUAGCUCUGUUUUCUGUUUCCAUCCCGUUACCUGUAGCAAGAUAAACUUCAAUAACAUACUGCAGAGUGGGCAAGAUUUCUACAGGAUGGAUGGUUCAUGUGAUAUCUUUGUUUCGGUCAUGUUGUUAACUAAAGAAAAAACCCUUCAGGAUGUUUUCUAACAGAAGUCUUCCAGCUCUGAAGUCUCCAAUGCUACCUACCAAGCAGUCACCAGGCUGCUUAUAGCAGCAAGCUGUAAAAUAAAUUGCAGUUGUUGCUUUGGUUAACUAUGGGAGAAGUUUGUAUCUUGUCAUACAUCAAAUACAAAGUUACAAAACUACACCUGUAUUAAAAGUCAAAGUAAAUAGUAUUUCUGAGGUGAAAGAUCUUCUGGAGUGGUUUAAAUGAAUUAAAACACUUGUACUUCAUGGUCAUUUUAAGUGUUAAAAUAUUACACAGUAAACACUACAUAAUAUAUUGCCUGAUAAACUUUCAGUAGUCAUCUAUUAUAAUGUUAAAAUUGUAAUGGACUUUUAGUAUUAAUAUUAAUCUAGGCAUACAUCGUGAAGUAAAUUUGAUCUCAUGCUUACAAAGGGGGCCCUCUUUCUGACAGGAGAACAGUGAAAUUAGCUAGCUUUCAUAAAUUCAUUUGUAAUCUUCUACAGCCUGAGAAUUUUCUUUUUGUACUAGGUACUCAAAUAAGACACUGAGAGCCCUUAUGUUCCUUAUAAAUAUCAUGUAAGCAGUAAGGUUAUCCUAUGCCAGACAGAAUGGUUUUAAACAUCUAAGCAUACCUUUUCCAAGCAGUUUAAAAAUUAAUAAAGUUUAGUGAGGCAUCUGAAACAUCUUUCAUGACUUGAGACGACUGUGCCAAGUUCAUUAUCACAUCACUACUGCAUGUACUUUUUGCAAAACUCAAGCUCAAUAUUAAUGCUUAAAGCUUAAUAUUGCCUAGAACAUACUUCUGUUUUAAACAGUAAACAAUGGAAUUCUGGGAUUAAUUCUAUAAUUUGUUAUCAGAUACCUUUAUAAAUUUACAUAACGUUCAUUAUAACUGUUUUCAUAAGUACAUAAAUUAAAAUUAUUCCGAUUUGGGGAACAUAAUAAUAGAGAAGAACCCUUCCACUCAAUAAUUCAUUUGUAUUAAGAUGUGUGUCAGUUCUGUAGAAGUAAAUAGCUGCUUGUUACAAUAUUUCAGGCAACUUCCACAUUUAUUUUGCUUUUUUGCAUAGUGAAUCUCCAAAUCAUAUUGUAACUACAAUUAGCUAGGUAACCUCUACAAUCAUCUUAUGGAAAUGUAAAUAUUUUUAUAUUGGAACACAACUUUUUAUUAGUACAAAGCAAAUGUAUUGAGUAGUAUUGAGUAGAGAGAGGAAGAAUACUAUUCCUGCUUACUGAAACUCUAGGAGAAAAAUAAGACACACAGGAGAAGAGUAGUGUUAGUAUUAAUAAAAGCUACUCAGCAUAGCUUAGAGACUUCAUUGACCAUUAAUUAUUGCAGCUUGUCACAUCAGAAUAUAAGGCCCAGUUCUCUUUUGCUUGUUUAUUUGUGUUGGUUUUAUACCUGAGUAUUGUGAGAAUGGAGUUUAUGCAAUGACAGAAGUAACAUACUAUACCCAUAGUACAGGGGUAUAAAUAGCUAUGCAAAUUGGAAGAGACUAGACAAUUGCAAGGGUUUUUUAAUUGCCACUGUCAUGACCAAAUUGCUGGAUCACAUAAACAGCGAGUGAGUCAGUCAGUAAUUCAGGUGAUACUCUUUCCCCUAAGUUUUUUGUUACAGCAGCUUUUUUUGGCAGUCUUCCAUCCAGCUACUUGCUCUAUAUAUAAUACUCUAGCAUAGGACAUCAGACAGAGCAAUGACAUAUGAUAUAAAUUAGUGUGGAUAGUGAAAACUGAAUGAAGCUUAAUUUGGAAAAUAGACAUGCUUCUUUAAUAUUCUACGCUACACUUGCACAGGAACUAAUGUCAGUUCCCAGUUUGACAGAUCAUUCAUGGAUUUCACAUGAUGUGGAGUUGAGCUUUUUUACUCAGUGAUCAGGAAAUAGUGUAGUAGUGUCAAUUACUUUGUAGCAUUGCUUACAGAAAAGUUACUGUGAAAUAAGACUGAUUUUCUUCAGUUAGGCAGGGAAGCCUGUAUUACAGAUCUCACAAAAGGAAAGAAGGUCAUUUGCUACAAUUCCGCAGACAAAGUAUUAAAUCUGGUAGCAGAAUGGAAUGCAGAAGAAGCUGUGUUAGAAAGUUAUGGUUAAAAAUAAGGCUUUCUGAUAGAAUUAAAAGCCUAUAUUCCAAACCCUGUGAUUGAUUGCUAAAGAUGUAAGAAAUCUCAAUGAACUCAGCUACACUGACUAAUAUGGAUUAUUUGCAUGAAUAACUGCUGUAGGUCUGGAUCAAAUAGAUUUUUCAUUCUACUUUACACAGCUGUUAUGCAAUUUAAAAAAGGUCAGAAAGUCAGUACAGAGCGAGUUUUUCUAUAUCUUUUCUGACUUUUCAAAGCUCACAGUACUUUAUGAAAAAGUACCUUCCUUAAAAAAUAGUUGAUGACUAAUGAUUACCAGUGUUCUCACUGAAAUAGAGUAAGAUGUUUAAAACAAAUUGCAUGUAAAGUUAUAAUUACUAUUUGCACUUAAACGAUGUAACCAAAACAUUUCUAAUAGUAUUCUAUUUUAUGUCACAGAACACGUUAUAGGCAUGACCAGUAUAAUAUACAUGGAGAUAAUAUAUAUUAUAUGUGGGAUUUUAAUAUCCAGUGAUGAUUAUAUUGGAUAAUCUUAAUUUUUAAAGAAUGCUAUCAAAACAUUUAGCACUUUGAUAAUGUUAUCACACUGGUUUAAUUGUUAAAAUAAAUAUCAGUUAUUCAGAUGUUGAUUAUGUUUGCACAGACCUGAUGAUUAUUAUUUAUUUACUAAUUUUUGGUUUUCUAUAUUCAAAAUACAUUUUUAGUAAGUCAGUUUAUUCUUGUUAAAAAUUUAUUAUAUGCACUAAAUGGAGUAGAUUUAACAGGUCAGAUUUAUUUAUGGUAUUACUCCAUGAAGAAAGCUGUUUACCUCCUCUGGUUAGUAUUAGGUAGUAGGCAAAGUAUAGGCUGUAGAACAUGCUGACUGCAAUUUGUAAUGUGGAGUAUAAUUGUAGAUGUUUCUGUUUGUAGGUGACCAACAGGAGGCAGCAUAAGAUCUAUUUUAAUUAAAACAGCCUGUAAACAAGGGUAUAUUUCACAUUAUUUAUAGUUGACCACUAUGCUCAAUUUACUUUUUUUUCCUUCUAACAUCCAAUAAAGCAUAGAGAUCACUAACAUUUUGCUGCUGCCUGGGCUCUGCUGAUAUGUGGAAAGUAUGAUACUACAUGUUUGCCAAGAUGUUUGUUCUUUUGUGAAUAAAAGCACUGAGCAACCAAA